AUGGUUAGAUUUUCAGCUCUCCUUGUGGCUACACUCUGCUUAUUCACAGUUACUUUUGCAGACGACGAUGAAGAGUUUGUCACAUGCGGUUCUGCUGUUAAGCUCAGUCACUACGAAUCAAAAGCUCAGACUCGGCAAGAACACUUUUUGAAUAGUGAAGGAAAGAACCUUGGAAGUGGAAGUGGUCAGCAAAUUGUGACUGCCGUGACAAGUCCGACAACCACAAACGCUCUCUGGUGGAUCCGUGGACCAAACGAUCCCGAAAGUCGUUUCAACGAAAUCUUGGCGUGCAAGUCUGGAAAGCCUGCCGAGACGAUCCAAUGUGGCAGCAUUCUAAGGUUGACUCAUCUCAACAGCCUUCGAAACUUGCAUUCCCACGACGUGCGGUCACCUUUGUCGAGACAACAAGAAGUUUCUGGUUACGGGCAAGGCGAUGGAGUGGGAGACAAUGGAGAUGAUUGGAAAUUGAUUUGCAAUUCUGGACAUUGGAAGCGAGGAGAAAUGUUUCAGCUGCUCCAUGUCGAUUCGAAGCGUUAUCUUGGAGCCUCCAGCACCGUCAAGUUUACUCAUCAAAACUGUGGACACAACUGUCCCAUAUUGAACCAUCUAGAAGUUUUUGGCCGGGCUCAAAAGGACAAUUAUGCGAAUUGGCUGGCAUCUUGCCUGAUUUAUGCAAUUGUGAGGAUCCAGCAACAGGUUUCUCACUCUUUCGGAUGUGCCGCUUUUAACAACUGCUACAAAGACGAUGAUGAAGAGUUUGUCACAUGUGGUUCUGCUGUUAAGCUCAGUCACUACGAAUCAAAAGCUCAGACUAAGAAAGAACAUUUCUUGAGUAGUGAAACAGGAAAGCAACUAGGAAGUGGAAGUGGUCAGCAAAUUGUGACUGCCGUAGCAAAUCCGACAGUGACAACCGCUCUCUGGUGGAUCCGUGGACCAAACGACCCCGAAAGUCGUGGCAACGAAAUCGUGGCGUGCAAAUCUGGUAAACCUGCCGAGAAGAUCCAAUGCGGCAGCAUUCUAAGGUUGACUCAUCUCAACAGCUUGCGGAACUUGCAUUCCCACGACGUGCGAUCACCUUUGUCAAGGCAGCAAGAAGUUUCUGGUUAUGGUGAAGGCGAUGGAAUGGGAGACAAUGGAGAUGAUUGGAAGUUGAUUUGCAAUUCUGGACAUUGGAAGCGAGAAGAAAUGUUUCAGCUGCUCCAUGUCGAUUCGAAGCGUUAUCUUGGAGCCUCCAGCACCGUCAAGUUUACUCAUCAAAACUGUGGACACAGCUGCCCCAUAUUGAACCAUCUAGAAGUUUUUGGCCGGGCUCAGAAGGAUAAUUAUUCAAAUUGGUUUGUGGAGAUGGGCGUUCAUUUAUCUUCUUGA